AUGAUCAGCUGUUCGCGCUCGAGAGAAACCUCGCGUAGCCCAGCAUCAUGUGGCUCGACUGGGAUCACUACACCCGAGGGCUUCAAGAUCGACACAAACAGCUUUGCCAAAAUAUCCGCGAGGUGGCGCCCAUCUUUUCACCUGAUGCCUUCAUCAGGAUGGAUGAAUGAUCCAUGUGCACCUGGAUAUGAUCCAUUAACUGGAUUGUACUAUGUCUCCUUUCAGUGGAACCCAAACAACCCUGACUGGGGUGAUAUUUCUUGGGGAACAGCAACUUCGUCCGAUAUGAUCGUUUGGCAAAUUGAAGAUCAGCCUAUUCUCUCUCCAGAUAAUGCCUAUGACUCCAAGGGUGUUUUCACUGGAUGUUUUGUCCAAGGACAUAAUGAAACUCUCAACUACAUCUACACCUCAGUCAGCUCUCUUCCAAUUCACCAUACAAUCGCAUAUCGAAAUGGCUGUGAGACAUUGAGCAUUGCAACAUCUUCAGACCGAGGAAGGAUUUGGUAUAAAAGCGACAAAAAUCCAAUCCUACCAGGGGCACCUUCUGGCAUCGAUGUCACUGGCUGGAGAGAUCCUUUCUGUGCUCCGUGGCCCAAAAUGAGCGAAAUAUUGGGGCUCGACCCGAAAGAUUAUUUGUUCGGUAUUAUAUCAGGAGGCAUCCGAGAUAUCACACCCACAAGCUUUUUAUACAAAGUCAAUUCAAAGAACUUAAGUGACUGGGAGUAUAUCGGACCUGUCGCAAAUUUUGGCCUAAACUUCAGACCCUCAAGGUGGUCUGGCGACCUGGGCAAGAACUGGGAGGUUACGAACUUCCUGUCACUGUGCGAUGAAGAUGAUCCUCGUUCAAAAUCUGAACUUCUCAUCAUGGGAACUGAAGGAUGCCUUGUCGCAAAUAUCAGAGAGCCUCAUAGAAAUCUUGGUCCAUCGCGUCCAAGUCGUGGUCAGCUUUGGAUGUCUGGCAACCUUUGGAAAGACGAGGAGACAGACUCUGCAAACAUAUCAUAUGUUUCGGGAGGGCACCUUGACCAUGGCUGCCUGUAUGCUGCCAACUCUUUCUUUGACCCACGAAGCCAGAAACACAUCAUCUGGGGUUGGAUCACAGAGGAAGACCUGUGCGAUGAGCUUCGUCACCAGCAAGGAUGGAGUGGAUUGCUGUCAAUGCCUCGACAGAUCUACUUAAAGACUCUACACAAUGUAGUAGACUCAUUAGUGUCUGACUUGUCAUCUAUCACUUCCGUCAAACUUCAACCUGAGGGUGACGGGACCUUCGCUAUUCAGACUCUUGCCAGUGAGCCCUAUCAACCUUUGGUUCAACAUCUCAGAGGUUCUUCAGAAGUUCAGGUCUCAAACUUGGGAAGAUCGUCUGCUGAUACUAGCUCAACCAUGGCCGAAUUUCCACCAGAGAAUUUGCGAACUAAGCAAUGGGAACUGGAGUGCUCGUUCAAAAUUUCGAAAACUUGUUCUAGGGUCGGUCUGUCAAUCAGUCACUCAAGAGACCAUGAAAAUACAACACUGAUGACAUUCGAGCCACAAUCUGAAACCUUCACAAUUUAUCGACCUUCUUUCUCCAUCCCCGACACAUCCAUGCUGAUCAACAGUGCACCUGAAGUAGCGCCGCACACUUUGUUCACCAUGAGAGAUCUAAGUAAUGGAUUGGAGUGUACGGAGACUUUGGAUAUCCGCGCAUGGCGGGACAACUCCGUUCUUGAGGUAUUUGUAAAUGGCCGGACCGCGAUAUCGACCCGUCUUUACGCCGCCGAGGAAACUUUUGGCAUGCGAUUCUUCGCAGAGGAUGACAUUCCCGCCAGCGGUGCUGGUGCCCUGCAAGCAAGCCACACUGGCCCGACAGAAUUACAAUUUGCGAGUUUGUGGGAUGGAAUCGCAAUUUAG